CCCAGAAGUAUCCAGUGACCAGUGAAAAUCCUAACGAUCUCGUUUCCAUCCAUUACAAACUCGAGCGAAACGUGAACACUUCAUCUCCAUAUUCAGCAGUCAGGCAGAAGGAGGAGGAGGAGGAGGAGGUGUUUGUGUUUCGCCGGCUCCGCAGCAGUUAAAUUGAUGUGCAACACACUUUCUCUCUGGCUCCCAUUCACAUGUCUUCAUCAGAGGUCCGCGGCGCUAAUCCGCUUAAAUUCCAGUCAACAGAGGCGGAGCACACUGCGUUUUACAGUUUCCUCCGCGGUCAUUUUACCCUGGAAGGGUGCACGACCGAGGUUGCUUUAGCCCUACGGCAAUGUGUUUUUUUGUUGUUGUUGUUGCUGUUACUGUUUGUUUUUCUGUAGAGUAGCCGCGUAAACGGUGCGUCGGAGAGGGCGCAAAUGCGGCUCUUGCCAUGACUUGUCCCGGGAAGCAGGGCUUUCAAGCGGCGUUGAUCUUCCUGUCUGUCGCUCAGCUGACUGCAGGUCUGAAGUGCGUGUGCCAGCUGUGUGCCAACCACACCUGUGAGACGGCCGCAGACGGCGCCUGCUGGAACUCGGUGAUGUUGAUUGAUGGCAAGGAGGAGACGGUCAAGUCAUGUCUGUCACCCUCCGAGAUGAGGGGCCAGGUCUUCUGUUACAGCUCCAGAAACGUCUCCAAGAGGAACUGUUGCUUCACCGACUUCUGCAACAACGAGACGCUGCAUCUACACCCAGAGAGGCCUUUGGAAGAAUCUGGCUGGAGCAAGCUGCAACUCGCCGUGGUGAUCCUGGUGCCGUCCUGCCUGUUGUGUGUCGGGAUCCUGCUGGGGGUGUUCCUGGUGCAAGGCCACCAUUGUGCCUACAGCCGAGCCCACAAGCAGGACCCAGAAGAACCUCUGGACGACCAGAUGCUAAUGUCGCCUGACAAAUGUCUUAAAGAUCUGAUCUAUGACAUGAGCACCUCGGGCUCAGGAUCAGGGCUGCCACUGCUGGUCCAGCGGACCAUAGCUCGAACCAUUGUGCUGCAGGAGACCAUCGGAAAAGGUCGAUUCGGUGAGGUGUGGCGCGGCAAAUGGAGGGGAGAGGACGUGGCUGUGAAGAUCUUCUCCUCCCGGGACGAGAGGUCCUGGUUCCGGGAAGCGGAGAUUUAUCAGACUAUCAUGCUCAGGCAUGAGAACAUCCUCGGAUUUAUUGCCGCUGAUAACAAAGAUAACGGGUCCUGGACUCAGCUCUGGUUGGUGUCAGAGUACCAUGAGCAUGGCUCUCUGUAUGAUUACCUGAACAGGUACACAGUAUCUUUGGAAGGAAUGAUUGUUCUGGCGUUGUCCAUUGCCAGUGGGCUUGCACAUCUCCACAUGGAAAUCAUUGGUACACAGGGGAAGCCUGCCAUUGCUCACCGAGACCUGAAGUCUAAAAAUGUCCUGGUGAAGAAGAACGGGACGGCAGUCAUCGCUGACUUGGGUUUGGCCGUGAAACACGACUCCAGCACAAACACCAUCGACAUACCGUCCAACCACAGAGUGGGAACUAAGAGGUACAUGGCCCCAGAAAUCCUGGAUGAGACAAUCAAUAUGAACAGCUUUGAGUCAUUCAAGCGGGCGGAUAUUUAUUCUCUGGGCCUGGUGUUCUGGGAACUGGCCAGAAGAUGCUCUGUUAGAGGGCUGCACGAGGAUUUUCAGCUGCCUUAUUACGACAUGGUGCCUUCAGAUCCGUCCAUUGAGGACAUGAGGAAGGUGGUGUGCGACCAGAAACUCAGACCCAAUAUCCCCAAUCAGUGGCAGAGCUGUGAGGCUCUGCGUGUGAUGGGCAAACUGAUGAGAGAGUGCUGGUACGCCAACUCUGCUGCGCGGCUGACUGCACUGCGGGUCAAGAAAACCGUGUCCCAGCUGUCUGUCAUCAAGGACAUCAAAGAUUAGUCGCUGCCGUGCAGAUCGGCGCCGGUGCCGGCACCGGCGCGGCACGACUGGACCGGGAGAGCGCACGGAGGGAGAAGCCGUCUUCUCCUUCUCACUGCCUGAGGCUGCCCUCUUCAGGACGCAACCACAUCCUCAGAGAGCCUCGUCAGGUUGUAGCUGGUGCCAAAGUACACAUUCUAACCAAACUGCUAAAACCUUGGUAGGAACAGCCAUAUGAAAUUAAUUAAUGUUUGUAAAGAUUGUUUUGCUACCUCAAUAUUUUAAGUGCCCAAAGCUUUAAGUUGCACAUUAUGUUACGUUCUUUUUUGUGCCAUAUCUUGUAGCAAAUGCAGUACUGCUGUGUAGGUAGUGUGAUAAUGACAAUAACAAAGGAAACUGGAUUAAAAAAAACAAACAAAAAAAACUAAAAGACAAAUUCAAAGUGCUUUUGUAUAGUCUCACCAGCACUGUUGUACAUAAAUGGUUGUUGAAAGCAAUGGAAAAGUUGCUCAACAUUUAUAGGAGUCCACAAUAUAUUUACAACUGGAAGAGAAUCUUUAGUUAAAGGUUUUAUAUCCAAGGUUGCUGGCUGAACUAGUACUGAUUGUUGGCCAUUCAAGGGUGCGCCAAGGAUGCCAUAUGAUAUCAGUGUGUUGACACAACUUGUGGCUGAGUAACUCUGAGGUGGUAUUCACAGAAGAACUUUUGUGCCACCUUUGACCACAGAUUUAAGUAACACCAGAUAACAAGCUGAGGUUCACUGGCUACGGAGCAAACUAAUUUGCUGGUUAUAAUGUUAUGGUCGCAGUAAUACGUUCUGAUUUCCACGACACCGCAACCGUUUUCUGGCACUUCUCUCAGGCUAGGCGUUGAUUUUUUUUUUUUUUUUUUUGACUGACUUGUAACAAAGAUGUCUGUCUAUUUUAAGAACCUCAUGUGCUACAAAAUAUUAACAUAUUAUUCUUAAUAUAAAUAAAGAUAUAAAUUCCUACCAUAUAUUUUUGCACAUGAAAGCUGCGUAAUAGUCUUUGCAUAUUAAACUAAAGCUAAAUUUCAAGAUUUCAGUACUGCUAACGCUGGCUCAAGGAGUUGCAUGUAUUGUUUUAAGCAGGGAAAAGUAGUAAAUAAUGUGAUUUAUACCUUAAAAGGUGUUCUGUUGUGCUACAUAACAAAUGUCAAACAAUAAAUCUGUAAAAGAUAGAAUCGUAAAACACAGAAGUGCUGACGAAACACAUGGAGAAAAAAAAGGAAAAAGGCUUCUGUUGAUGCUAACGUAGCACCAUAUAAUGCUAUGCUAACAGUUGUCUUUAAAUCGUUGUUGGACAUUUCACUUGGGGGGAGCAGUGGGGUCACUGAUGUCGCCGUGUGACGUGGCCGACAAAGCCUUGACAUAACAGGCUUAGGGAAAGCGCAGUCGGGCUAAUCUGUACACCGUGUGUGCUUAUAUGAAUCAGUAUGUUUGUGUGUGUGCUUGUGUGUGUGUGCGCGCGCGCGCAUCUGCAUAUCGCGUGAGGAGUUUCACGCAAGAUAUGCAUCGAAUUAAUCACUGCAGCAGUUUGUGAAACCGGCGCUCUGGAGAGAGGGAGAGAGAGAGAUAGAAAAAAAACACACACACAGAGGCUUUUUUUUUCGUUCAUCUCUAUUUGUCUACAUCCUGUUUCUUUAGUUGCUGAGGCAAGUGACACACAUCGUUGCUCAGUGUCAGCGUUGACACACUUUACGGUAUGAACGCGUUUGCGCCAGGAAGGCGUCACGACUUCUCAGUGAUUCUGAAUGUAGCAUCAGCAGUGCGGCCUCUUGAAAAUAAGCUAUGUACAGAAGCUUGUUGCCGUCUUGGCGGGUGUCAGUUUUGCGUCUUUCCUUCCUGUCAAAGGAUGAAUUGACUCCUGUCCCUAAACCACAGCGCUGUGUUGCAAAACAAAUAGAGGGGGGAGAAAAAGACAGGUCCUGCCUCUGUCUGUUUAGAAGCACCUGUAGCAUAGGUCGAUGGGUAGUUUUUCCUCUGUUACGCUGAGCCAAGUGUUCUCUAUGUUCUCUACGGUGUCAUGUCUGCUUCUGUGAGAGUCGGUCCGUGGCGGAGAUGAUAGCAAAGACGUAUCAGUCAUUCCAAAGAGGAGUGAUCACCAUGUGCAAUUCCUAACUGUUUUUUUUAUUAUUAUUAUUUUAUUUUAUUGUAUAUAACAAAGCGUAUUCUAAACAACAUGUGACACAGCUUUCAUAAAAGAAGACCUACUCUGAUUUUUCAAACCCUCCACUCGUUUAGAUCUGUACAUUUCAUUCAUGUCAAUCUGUUUCGUGAUGUUGCUGCUGUGGGUGUCUUUUCUCUUUGCACUAUUUAUUCUGUACAGGAAUGUUAUAUCAGUGGGUCAAUAAACUGUUUUACAUGGA